AAUGGGAAAUAUUUUGCACAAUGCAAGAGUUCCCCCUGCGAGGGUGAGAUUGUGUUGAUUUCAUCAGGUUCUGACUCUUCAAAAAUCAUUCAUUUACUGCUUGAGAAACUCAGCAAAGCAGGAGUUUUGUCUCCACUUGAGAAAUCCCUCAAACACUUGCCUAACACAGAAGACAACAUGGAUGUUAAAAAUGUAGUUAAAUCCCAGGCAACUUUUUCCUGCCUGAGGGAUUUGUCAGAGGAUAAUGAUGACUUGCUUCAUUUUAAGGGUGUGGUUGAUGUCACUGCUGGAAGAGCAGAGGAAUACUCCAGCCGACAGGUGCCUUCCCACCCCACAGAUGUAACCACUUGUCACACAGGCAACUGUUGCCUUAACACACAAGACUCUGGAUCUCCUCAGUCUCUGGCCAAUGUCCAGGCAUGUAAAAGGACUGGGCUGGGCAGACCUCUAAGCCAGAAUUCCCUGCUGGGUGAGCAGGCAGACACUUCCCUAGGUAAUGUCACUGAUUUUGGAAAAUAUGAGUCUGAAAAUUCUGCUGCUGUUCUGGAGAUUUAUGCAGAGAAAGUAACAAGUGUAAGUGAUGACUUUUCUGAUGAUGACCUGGAGUACUUUGAAUGCUCAGAUGUGCUUACAGUGCAUGAAGAUGAAAUCUGGAAAAAGAAAUUAGAAUUUUUAUUGGAAAGUGAUGAAGAUGAUCUAAAACUGAGUAAGGAUUGUGAUGGGUGUGCUUACUUCCUCAGUGAAAUGCCUUGUGUGUUCCAAGUGUCAGAUAACACUACGCCUAUGGAUACCCCCAUUGGCUUCUGUGAGCAUCAGUCAAAAAUCAAAGGAGUAAACGUAAGGAGAGACCCCUCUAUGUACAGCCAGUCAGCUCUGCAGACAGAGAUGACUCUCACUGUUGGACAGCACCGAGAUAAAAGUGCCAUUUUGAAAGACAAAGAGAAGAAUGAAGUGCCUGUUGCUUCUGCAGCCACUGGAAAUGAACAUCCCAGAAGUGAAGAAGAGACUAAUGGAAGUGACCAUCUGGCUGCAGGUUCCUCAAGGGAUGAACCAAAGCCCACGGACACUGUCCCUGCCCAGGUAGAUUCCUCUGCCCAUGGUAUAGGUGCUGCUUGUACAGGUCAGGCUUCGGGAACAAUGACAGAAACCAGCCCCGAAGGGGACGUGCUGGGGGAAAGCUCACUGCUGUUGGAGGAGGGGAGAAGGAAUGUGCCAGAGGGAAAUGCACGGCACGCUGUCUGUACCUUAACAGAAAGUCUGAGGAGAAACCUUUUCAAGCUGUUAAACCCUAUAGAACUUUGCAGAUAUGUAAGUACUAUAGGACAGUCUUUCCAGGCUGCAGCAGCAGGUAGAGAAUCCAGAGCUCCGUCUCCCAGUCAGGAAGGUGUCUGUUCAGCACAGAUUCCCGAGGAAGCAGAAAGUGUGCAAAUGCAGGCUGGUCUGUGUCCAACAGAAGAGGCAGAUAAAUACAGUUACUGGGAAAGGGAAAGAACUCGGGGGCUGUCUGAGCAAAACCCGAUGCCAGAUGAGAACAUCUCGUUUGGGAAUUGUGACAACCUCUGUAUGGAGCCCAGCACAGAAAAGGAAGGCAUCCUCAGGGCUUGUGAGAGUACAGGAAACAGCCAGCUCUCUGCUGAAAACAUGCUGCAAGUGAAGAAUGCAGAUUUACAGACCUCUUCUCUUCACUGUGCUCCUUGUGAAAAGAGAGAAGGUUGUCACCAACAGGUCUUCUCCGGACAAGAAAUUAUUAGGAAUGGCAAAAAGCCUCUAUGGGAUAUGGAUUCUCUUCCUGAUAAACAGGAAUGCUUGUGUGCUGUUCUCUCUUCUGCAAAGCUGUGUGAUGAGCCAGGGGAGGGAGAGCAGAGGUCUGGGCUUGACAUACAUGACAGCAGUAACCCAGAUAUUCUCUGCAGCCAAUCAGCCAAUGAGGCUGUGUCCAAAGCUAAUCCCAAGUCAGUCCUGGAAUCUGGAGAACCUGAGUGCAAAGGAGAUGCUGAUAUAUCUGCAGUGCAUGACAAGUUGUGGAAACUUCUUCAUGAAGAUGACUCAGACUAUCAAAUCCCAUUUGAAAACAGAGGCAUCCCAAGUUUAGGUACGAGGCUGACAGAUAUCAAAGCCACAGAACUGAACUUUAUGUGGGAGACCUGUUCCAAUGAUCCUUUGCCAAUGGAUUUGAUAGAAGAGCAGGGGCCCAUCACAGAACCAGCUCAUAAGCCCAGAACUGAGAAAGCUGACUGCAAUGUUUCUGAUAUCCUCCUGCAGAGAGCUGCAGCAUGUGAGAGUGCAUCCAUAGGAAACAUUUGUCUUGCACAAGUGGUAGGAACAGAUGGUGCCUGUCUAAAUUCUGGCACUGGGAAUGAGAGGGAAACACCAUCCAUUUGUGUUUCAGCAACCAGUGUCCUCCUAAGUACCCAGGAGUGCUUGGAGCCAAAUCUAAUGGCCACGGGCAGGAAUGAAUCCACUGUGGCUUGGGAAGGGAAGCUCGCUGUUAAUAAUGCUGCCCAAACAUGUGAAGCAGAUUCUCCUCAAAGGUUACAAAAUACUCAGAGUGGUAAUUUAGCAUGUCCCAGAGCUGACAUAUCAGGUAUGUCAUAUGGGACAGCUGGACAGUUACUUCACACUGAAUACAACACAGCCAUGACAAAUGAGUCUAUACCUGGAGAAGGCUGUCAUUUUAUGGAUUGCUAUCCAGUGAGAGGAGAACUGGCUUAUUUCCCUGAAGAGAAAGACAUUUCCCCCAGUGAAAAUACCAGCCAGUUUACACAUGUAGAACUCUGUUCUGUUAACACCAUACAUAAAAAUUGCAUAGUGAAUUUACAAGAAAAUGGAAAUCACUCAGGCUUGACUGCACCAAAUUUCACUAAUUCUGACAGCUACCAUCUUUCAAAAAAUAAUGCAUGUCAGGAUUUUCAAAUUGUUUCAAAUGCACAGAAAUACAGUAAUGUAAUGCAAUCUCCUAGUUUAAUUCAGAUUCACAAAACCAUAACACAUAAGAAUCUACCCCAAAAUACAGACCAACUGACAGAAAUAGCAAAACAAGAAGGGGCAGUGCCUCCCCCUUAUGGGGAGCCAUUUUUAAGAGAUUUUUAUCUAGAAGUGCCCAGCUGUGAACCAUGUAAACCAGGAGGAGAACAGAGAGAGAUUUGCAUACCUGAGGAACACAGGGCUGAAGCUUCCUGUGACUCAGGAGUUAGUCAGGUUUCAGAGAGUCAGAUUGCAACUUCCCCUUGUAAUACAGCAGAACAGCAUUCAUUUUUUGUUGAUAGCACUUUCAGGUCUGAUGAAGAGUUAGAAAUAGAUUCUUUAAAAAAUCUCACCUAUGCAGCUGGAAGUGUAACAUCAGCCAGUGCCCUGCUUCCCAAGGAAGCUCAAAGCAAGCACCACAGCACAGUAAGUGGGGAGGAUGGAGGUUCCAGAGGUUGCCUACAUUCCCAAGAGCUGCUUGGAAACAAAACCCUGCCCUUCCCCACAUCUGUAAGCCACUCAGAGGGCCUUCCCAGUGAAUAUGCAGUGGCAUGUCCUGCCACAAAAAAUGAGGGAAAAACUGGAUCCAUACAAACUGGAGUCAAAGUAAACAGAAAUUUAACUACAUUGGAAAUUUCCUGCAAGCCAUGGAAGGGUCUGUUCCAGAGGGUCCCUGGAGAAACCAAAGGAGAAGCAGCCAUGUGUGAAAAUGAACAUGAGAUUCCAAGAACUAUUGAAUAUAACCCAGAUGAAGCUGAAGCAAAGGCUCCUUUGCACCCUUUGACUGGCUCCCAGGCUCUGAAACAGAUUAUGAAUAUUAGCACAGAGCAGUCUUGUCCUGACUUGAUCCCUUCCAGCAAGAUAGCUGAGGCUGAGAAUUCAGUUAAGUCCACUGAGUAUGAUAAAAUGGAGGAAGUCAGGACAGCAGAGAGUGUGGUAAGUGGUUUAGUUAAUUUGCCACCAGUUGAUUCAGGGAACAACCAGCAUUUUCAAGAACAACCACACCGCAGAAGAACUCCGUCAUUUUCUCUGACAUGGACCACACUUGAUCCAUUCCCAGUCAACACAGAAAACCAAAGAAAUCAGGAAGGGUCAAAAUCCUGCCAGAUACCAGUGGCUGCUGCAGAACCUGAGCCCAUCAAAUGUAAAGAGGACACAACAAAGAGUGGGCAUGUAGCUGCUGGAGCUAAGAAGAAAUUACCACCAGCAACUCUGUCCAAAAAACCCAGGCUGGAGGAGAGGGGAAGUGUCAGCAAGGAUACCAGCUGUGUUAAAAAGUCUGGGAAGAGCGAGGGAGGCGUGAUUCAUAAAGAGGAUAGAAAAGAGCAAAGGAAACUCAUUUUGAAAAAGGAUAGCAAAGCCCCCAGGCUGCUGAAGAAGAUCCAAGCAGAGUUAUUCCCUGACUGCUCUGGAAGUAUUAAGCUGUGCUGUCAGUUUGGUGACAUUCAUGGUGACUCCACCAUUACAUGGACUAAAGAUUCCAAGAUACUGGCUCAGCUGCAGAGAAGUGCCCAGGAUGACUCUCCCGUCUCUCUGGAAAUAGCUGAAGCCAGUUGCCAAGACCAGGGAAUGUAUUAUUGCUGCUUGAAUAACAUGUAUGGAAAGGUGACUGCUGAGUUUCAUCUUACUGCUGCAGUAUUGGAACGUCUUUCAAGUUUUCAGAGUUAUGAAGGUGUGGAAGAAAUCGAAGUCAUGGAGCUGAUGUUCAGAGAAGACCCCCUCAGCUCCAGCUACUUUGGUGGGACACUGCAUGGAGCAAUCAUGACAGAGGGGCUGCACUUCGGCGAGGGGAUGCACCGCAGAGCGUUCCGCAGCCGCGUGCUGCAGGGCCUGGCGCCCGCCUUCGCCCCCGGCCACCCCUGCGUGCUGAAGGUGCACAGCGCCCUCACCUACGGCACCAAGAGCAGGGACGAGCUGCUGCAGAAGAACUACAGUCUGGCACUGCAGGAAUGCUAUGUCCAAAAUACCGCAAGAGAGUAUGCAAAGUUAUAUGCAGCUGAAGCUGAAUCUUUGGAAGGCUUUGGAGAAGUACCAGAAAUCAUUCAGAUUUUUCUUAUUCAUCGCCCUGCUAAUAACAUCCCCUAUGCCACAGUGGAGGAGGAGCUGGUUGGGGAGUUUGUGAAAUACUCUGUCAAGGAUGGCAAGGAAGUGAAUUUCCUGAGAAGAGACUCAGAGGCUGGCCAAAAGUGUUGCACCUUUCAGCACUGGGUGUAUGAGAAGACCAAUGGGAACUUGCUUGUCACUGACCUGCAAGGUGUAGGGAUGAAGUUAACGGAUGUUGGCAUAGCAACUCUGGCCAAAGGAUACAAGGGGUUUAAAGGCAACUGCUCCUUUUCCUUCAUUGAGCAGUUCAGAGCCCUUCAUCAGUGCAAUGAGUACUGUGAGAUGCUGGGACUGAAAUCUCUCCGAACCACUCAUCAAAAACAGAGGAAAGCAACACUCACUAAAAGCAAAAAUCUGCCAAACUCAUCAACAGUAAAGAAAAUGGUGCCCAAGAAGGCAAGAGAACCUAGAGACUUAAUUUCUUCAGAGCACUGAGUCUCACUAUCCCACCUUGUGAAACUACUCUUGAGGACAUGGAGCAGUGACACGCACCAGUGACCUGAGGGGCUAACUUUAGUCUUUUGCCUUUUGGCAUUGUUUUGGAAUCAUCCUGAUGCUGAUGCCAGCAACCAAGGAAGGAGCUGAUCCUCUGCUCUUGGUGCCUGAGAUUUAACACUGGGGCAAGGUUUUGGAAACAAACUAAGCCAUCUCCUGGAUUUCCUUACAGGCUUCUGUGGACUGAUGUUGGAGAAGAACAUCUCUGUGUCUACAUCCAUGGCGAUGUGGUUCAGCUGCUAUGGAAACAUCAAUAUAUUUAAGAUGCCAAGUACAAUGUUUGCACAGUAUUGCAUAUGCAUAUGCAUAUGCAUAUGCAUGCUGGGUUACUUAGAAGUCAGGAAAGGUGAAGUUUGGAACACACUGAUGAAUAUUAAAGUUACCACUUCCAUUGCAAAUCAGAGCAUAACAAAUCUUGGACUAUUCAGUGGGAUUUAGGCUUCUCAGUGCAUUGCUGGUACCUGGCUUUUGGAAGUUCCUACAGAUGAUGCCUAUUCUUUACAAUAGCGUUCAGAAGAAUUUCUGUGAGGACAUUGUGACUGUUUCCAAAACAGGAGGUUUAGAACAUAAGGCAAGGGGUUUGAGCGUGGUGGGACAGGAACAAAGCUAAAAGCAUUGGAUAAAUGGUGUUUCAAGUUAGAGGCAAUAGAUUUUUAUCAGAAUUUUGGGAAGUGUUCUGUUUGAAAAAUGCCAUGAGCAUCUCAGCCAAUUAAUAUUCCAAAUGUAUAUUGUAGUUUGGUCCCAAAGUCAGAGAUGGCUGUUGGCUAAUUGCCGUCAGUUUUAUUGUCCUGGUCAGUUCAAUGAAAAUCACAAGCUGACCUCUCAGAGGUAAACACAGCCCUAUUAAUGCCAAGGAAAUCCACAUUCCUAAUGAUGACAGUAUAGUGAUGAUUCCUUAAGAUGUCUGGUGUGCUUUACAGUGGGGAUCUGGAAGUGCAUGUGUGAGAGUAUGGAUUUCUCCCAUGUUCUGGUGCUUUUGCCUCUAAAAGAAGGAGUGGAGUCAUCCUCUUGUGCACGUACCAUGGUUAUUUAUUCCUCAGCACAGUGGGAAGAUGGACUGCCAGAGGUCCCAAACCUUCCUGACCUGAUGCCUUGUCUGCCAGGAACUAUUUAGUGUGAUAAUGGCGUUUGAUAGACUGGACACAAACACCAUUGUCACACUCCACAGCUCUAGGAGCAGGUCCUUAGCCUGGGGAAGGACUGAUGGAGGCACACAGCAGACUUCAGCAGAGGGGGUUUCA